AUAUUGAAGUAUUUAUCCCUGGGUAGCAUAAUGCUAGCACUAAGACUUAUUAAAUUGCUCAAGCAAAAUCAAUUGAAAUCUGCAACACGGACCUUACCAUCUAUCACAUUUCAACAACAAAGGCAUAAAAAUGAUCUUUAUGAACCUGACUAUCUUAUUAGUAUGGAACCUGAUGAACCAGUUUAUGAUUGCUUGAAUCUACAGUUAAAAGGCUAUGAUUUUCCUGUAUUAGAAGCUUACCAAAGCCAAAUUCAUAGAUAUGCAGAGAUUAUGGGUAUACAAGUUGAAGAAUGUUGGGCUACACCAGCAAAGCAACUAAAGAUACAGAGAUUCAAGCCAGGAAGUACAGUUGUUGAUGCAGAAUAUCUUCUUGAUGUAUAUGAAAGAAAUGUUCAGGUGACAGAUGUACCAGCGUGGGCAUUAGGUACAUUAUUGCGAGUAGCGCGUGCUUGCUUGCCGCAGGGCUGCACACUGAAUGUACACGAGCAUCAACCAGAACACGAGGAGAUGCGCUACGUACCAGACAACCAGCUCAAAGAACUAGAGCAGCAGCUUCAAGAUAUGGGUGGCAGUAGAGCUGAGAGGAGGAAGAGAAAAUAAAGUGCUCUUAUAUUUUGUUACUUAACUAGGUAGAGAUUAUUCGGACAUAGUAACGCCAUGUCAUUUAAAGAGUAAAGAGUCCUAAUUUUUGAAAAAUAAAAAAAUUGUUGCACAAUUAUGUUUCUAUUUUAUUAUUAUUUAAGUGGUGUAACCGUCUAACUCUAGCCAUAGCUUACUUAAUCGUUUUUUAUCGAUCGUACGUCGUUACUAAAAUACAUUUCAAAGUAGUAAAAGGAAUCGAAAUAUCGGCAUAACAUCUAUAAGAUGUCGUAUCCUAUAGCUAGAAUCAUGGCUAGAUAGUUAGGCGGUAGCGCCCCUCGCCGUUUGUAAUGUGUUAGUCUGACCGUAGCCUGUUUGCGUUCGUGUAAUAACUAUAGGUAUAAUAAUUAUGCUGAAGUGUCAUAAAAUAAAUAAAUCCUAUUACAUUGUU